UCGCUAACAAAAUAUAGCCUAAAUUGAUUUUUUUUAUUAUAAAAAAGACCCACCUUUGGCAGCAGCGACAUGAAGGAUUAGACUUCAGAGACGAGCGGUUCACGCGCGCGCGCCACUUCAGUUGCGAGAUGCUCUUGGCCGCCGGGGCAGCGGCAGCUCACGCCCCGUCGCGUCGCCUUCCCCACUGCAGGCCCGGAGGCUGCGGCGGCGGGGCUCCUCCUCGUAUCUGGGCGGCGGAGCUCGGGGCUCCGACCACGCUCCCGCUCCUGCGUCGUCGCUUUCUCGGCUGCUCAUGCUCUCCCUCUCCCUCCCCCGGUGGCGACGAGGACGGUGCCCGCCAACUGUUCGAUGAGUUUUCGGUGCUCUCUCCAAAUAUUCCUUGGGAGGUCGAGGAUAUAUGGAGAACAUUUGCAGCUUAUUUCUUUAUCUUUCAUAUCCCUUUCAGCUUUGGAGGGCUUGGUGUAGUGGCCGAACUGCUACAUUGCCCUUCACUUGAUCCACUCACCACAGUUUCUUCCACGGUCGUUCUUCAAUUGACAGAGCUUACUUUGGCUUUAGCACUAUUGCAGUACUCCACGAAAAAGGAUCAUAAACUUUGGGCCUUCUUUCAAGGGAAGCUUUAUCCACAACACAGCUGGGUAAAAGAAACUGUGCUAGGUUUGAUAUUUCUGAUGACCGUGGUUUCACUCACAACCGUAGUAGCUGACAGAUUGAUAGGUCUUGAGGAUACAUAUGAUCCUAUGUUAAGGGAAAUACUUUCUGACAGUCCAACCUCUAGGCUAUUGUGUGUUUUCCUAUACUGUGUGAUUGCUCCAUUGUCAGAAGAAACCAUUUACCGUGGAUUCCUCCUAACAGCCCUGUCAUCCUCAAUGAAAUGGAAGGAUGCCGUAAUUGUCAGUUCACUCAUGUUCAGCAUAGCACACUUCUCCAUAAAUAAUUCAUUCCAGUUGUUUGUCAUCGGAUGUAUCACAGGGUUAGCUUAUUCUCGAACUGGUACAUUGGCAGCGCCGCUCACCAUCCAUUCAUUAUAUAAUGCUGCAAUAUUGCAUAUGACUUUGAUGUCUUAACUUUCUUAGGGUUUCAGGUACAUGCUAAUUGUUUCCCCACUUUACUGCUGCUUCUUCACACGUAGGAGUUUUUUAUUCACAAUCCAAAUUGUUUAAAAUCAGUGUGCUAUAUGUGGUUAAUAAGAUGAUGUAAUCUUAGAAUUAUUGUUCCCUUUAGGCCUAAGUACAUACCAAUAAUGUCAACUAUCUUUUUUCAGUGACACCAAACGACCGUGCGGUGAUUGAUGACA